AUGUUAGCCAUCACUAAGAUUUUGAGGUUUGAGAAAUUAAUACAAAACCCGGUUUGUCUGUUCCGGAGUUUGCCCAAGGCCCCAAUUCCAGUGACAUGGGAAAAACCCAAAAUUGGCUGGACAAAACUGAACUUUGAUGGAUCUUCUAAAGGCAAAGCAGGAAAAGCCAGCAUUGGAGGGCUAUUUAGAAAUCAUAAGGCUGACUUCUUACUUGGCUAUGCUGAACCUAUAGGAAGAGCCAAUAGCAUUAUUGCAGAACUGGCUGCACUCAGAAGAGGCCUUGAGUUGGUACUGGAAAAUGGUUGGAGCGAUGUGUGGCUCGAAGGGGAUGCAAAGACGUUGCUUCAAAUCAUCGCACAAAGGAGACAGAUUCGAUGUGCAGAAGCGCAAAGGUAUAUUAGUCACAUAAACUUGAUCAUACCAGAGAUCAACAACUGCAUCUUGACUCAUAUUUACAGAGAAGGCAACAGAGCGGCUGAUAAGUUUGCUCAAAUGGGACAUUUGUGUGGAAAGCCUCAAGUUUGGCAACACAUUCCGCCUAAUCAAGUUUUAUCCAUCAUGCAUGAAGAUGCUGAGGGUUGUUGGCUUGUAAUUUCAAAGCAUCAGUUUCACCUAUAA